AGUUACGGUUUCUGACAUAUGCUGUCAAGUGAUAUCAGAUAUGUACACAACACAGUUACCGUGAAGCUGCUAACUUUUAGUGGAAGUAGAUCUUGAAAUGAUUAAUCAUGAGAUGUUGCUGACAUGACCAAAAAUUUUUCAUUACACUACGAGGAAGCAGAUGGUACAAUACAACAGGCAUUGAUAGUUUUGGAACAUUCCUAAACUCACAAGAUUACAGAAUCAGCUUUCUCCUUAUUCACUGAAACCUUAGUAUGGCAGAAGAUCUACAGGAGGAACUGGAGGUUGUUCAGUCUAUUUACUGCCGGGAAGGAGAGUGUGUCAUCACUGACACAUUAGGCAGCCUGGAACUGACAGUCAAACUCCAGAAAGAGGGGCAGCUAAUGCCAACAGUCACAGUCAGAAUGCAGUUCUCUUCCUUGUAUCCAAGGCAACCACCCACCAUUUCCUGUCAGUGCGAGGACAGGUCAUUGUCUCAUGAACUCGUAACACUCCUCACGGAACUGAGCUCCCAGCUACAGGGAACUCCAAUGGUCUCAGAGUUACUGACGCAUGCUCAAGAGAUUUUAAAUCAGCAAACUCCUGUUGAAGCUGAGGUCAAGAAAUCUGAGAAGUUCGGAGGUCAGCAAACAGACACACCAACAGACAAGUUCAGAGCUGGGUCAGUUACGGCAGUUCUUGUGCUGGACCAUAUGCGGUCCAGAGCUCGCUACGUCCAGACCAUUCAGAAGUGGGUGACCAGUCUGUCCUUACAGGGCUGUCUUGUCUUUAUUGGGAAGGUCAUCUUCAUUGUUAUUCAAGGACACUCAGCUAAUGUCAAGGAGUACAUAAAGUUACAGAGAAGCAGCAAUGUGGAUGUUGACAGUCGCGGGAAGAAGUGUAAAGAGAGAAUGAUGUCUGUUGUCCAUCAGGGGAUAACUGAGGGGAGAGGAUUUAAAGACUUCAAAGUUAUGGAGUGUUCAUGUCCAAGACAUGUUGAGGACAUCUUCCUCCAGUCAGAGUUGCUUCCCUUGUAUCAGGAACACAUCCAGCCUCUCCUCAAAUCUUCAAAUAUCUCCUGAUCACAUGAUUUAUAGUUUUAAAUACUUUCCAUGAUGUGAAUAUGGCAACUGAGUAAAUUACUACUUUCUGGAUCUCAUCAAACACAUAAAGUUAAACUUUUUACUUCCAAUCAAUGGAAGUUAACGAUGCAUGUUUAUGGGAAACAGACGGAGCCAUUUCCAAAUUUUCCAGAUUAUAGCCAUCUCUCUCAUCCUCAAAAAAUGAUUUAUAUAGAUUCUGAAGAGGAUUUAAUUCACAGAAUACUAGUGAAAAAAAACCCAGGAAUAUC